GCGCCGGACGGAUUGAUUACUAUCAAUCUUGCUGAGGUCAGCGGUUCGAGGCUUGCACAAUUCAUACGCGGCAGUUGCACAAGCAUUGUGUAACGUAGUGUCUGCAUACGCAAGUGUCACCACGUAAAGUCCGAGAUUGCAUGCACAAGUGGAAUAUCGGUGCAUGAACGAGCGAUAAUCAUGGCGAACCGCAAGGAUAUGCGGAGGGAGGACCUCAUCGUGCCAUAUGUCGAACCUGCGCCCCCGAAGGAGAAUGAUGCCCAGAGCAUGAUGGCAAGCACACUGCCAAUGGCAGCGAUCUUCACCCGCAACAAGUACGCCGCUGAGAAUCUCUACCUUACCACCACCACCACCCGGACGACUAAAACUGUAUAGAUUAAUUGGCUGGACCUCCGUGAUGUUCGCCGUCCAGGGGUGGCUAUCAGAAACACCGG